AUGAAGUCAGUAAUCAUGUGCCUUGUUGGCACCGCAUCGGUGCCGCCACAGCGGUAAGGUUUGUGGCGAGAAGGAGAGAGCAGGAGCAGGAGGAGGAGGAGGAGGAGGAGUAGACAGCCUGGCAGACAGGUGCGACUCCACAGCCUGUUUCAUUUUCUCUCGGUCCCAGUAAGUCUCAGAGCCAUGGAUACCCGCAAGGAAAACAAGGUAAGGAAACAACCCAUGAAACCCAAAUCGACAACGCGAAAGGAGAAGAAAUAUAAAAGCGGGAGGUUUAUCAGGAGGAAAUCGCUGCGAUCUUUUGGGAAUUUCAUGGGAAGGAUCCUUAAAACUUUGGGUACUUUGGCGCACUUUGGCGACGCGGAACCGCCGGACGCCGAGGACGACGACGGCGGCUUCGGGCAAAGCGCAUCGGGGGGUUUCAAAGACGACUGCUCGCAGGUCUCCAGGGAGGGAACCGUGAAGAAGAGCUCCACGGUGUCCUCCUCUCACGGCUCGGUGAAAGAAAGGCUGUCGUGGUGUUACGGCGACAAGACCCCCGGGGUGCUGGGACUGAAGAACCACGGCAACACCUGUUUCAUGAACGCCGUGGUCCAGUGCCUCAGCAACACGGACCUGCUGGCCGAGUACCUCGGGUUGGAGCAGUACAGAUCGGAUGUGUGCCACAGGCGGGUGAACGGGGAGGUGAGAGGAGAGGAGCCGCAGGCCGCCAGGGGAGAGGUGACCGAGCAGCUGGCGACGCUGGUCCGAGCGCUGUGGACGCUGGAGUACACGCCGCAGCUGUCUGUGGAGUUCAAGAGCAUAGUGGCCAAAUAUGGCUCUCAGUUUCGGGGAAACUCUCAGCAUGAUGCCCUCGAGUUCCUCCUCUGGCUUUUGGACAAAGUUCAUGAAGACGCCAGUCCCAGCCCCAACAAUAACAGCAACAGCAGCAGCAGCAACAGUAAGACCAAAGCAAAUGCCAAGGGACCCAGUCCACUGGAGGAUCCUUCCAGUCCCAGUUCAGCCAGCACACAGCAGCCUCGAGGUCGACACAGUUUUGUCCAGGAACAUUUCCAGGCUCAGUACAGGUCUUCUCUGACGUGCCCUCAUUGCCUUAAGCAGAGCAACACCUUCGACCCGUUUUUAUGUAUCUCCCUGCCAAUACCCCUACGACAAACCAGGCCGAUGUGUGUGACGCUGGUGUUCAGUACGAAGGGUCAGAGGUAUCUGCGGGUGGGGCUGGCUGUACCUCUCUUUGGUACCCUGUCCUGCCUGAGAGCCAUGGUGGCAGAGGAGGGCGACAUCUCCCCAGACCAGGUCAUCCUAUCAGAGUUGUACUCCACGGGUUUCCAGCGUUCCUUCUCAGAUGACGACGACCUGACGUCAAUUGCCGAUAGCGACGUGGUCUACGCCUUCCAGGCUCCUCCCCUCUAUAGCCGUGGAGGCUCUGCGCCACACUCAGGGUAUCACCACAGCCUCCCCUCAUCUCCCUAUACCUCCACGGCUGGGCCUGAUGGUCAGAGGUUACCUCCGUCUGGCACCCUCUCCUCUGAAUACCUGAACCAGGGUGGCUCCACAAAGGUGCUCCUCCUCAUCUGUAACACAGCAGGAUCUGGCCAACAAGCUGUCAGGUUUGGACCUCCAUUUCUCAUGCGUGAGGACAGGAACAUCUCCUGGGACCAGCUGCAGCAGAGCAUCCUCAGCAAGCUCUAUUAUCUGAUGCUGAAUGGAUCUCAGGCUCAGAAUGCUGGGGUGCUGUUCAAAAUCAGAGUAGUGGGAGGAUCAGCAGCCUACAGCUACCUGUCCCCACAAGACGGCAGGCCACUCUCCCACCCUGCAGUUGAUAGAGCGCUGAAGUUCUGUGGCCCUGGGGGACCUCCUCACGUGAAGCUUGUCAUCGAGUGGGAACAGAAGACUAAAGAAUGUCUGUUUGGCAGCAUCCAAGAGGAGGUGGUGAAAGAUGCAGAGAGUGUGAGGAAUCAGCAGCAGCAACACCUGCAGCAGCAUAGCUGUACCUUGGAUGAGUGCUUCCAGCUGUAUACCAAAGAAGAACAGCUUGCUCCAGAUGAUGCCUGGAAGUGUCCCCACUGUAAGCAGCUUCAGCAGGGCAUGGUGAAGAUGAGUCUGUGGACUCUCCCUGACAUACUGAUCCUCCACCUCAAGCGCUUCCGGCAGGUGGGCGAGCGGAGGAACAAGCUGUCAACCUUGGUGCGUUUCCCCCUGACUGGAUUGGACAUGGCCCCCCACAUGGUGAAGAGGACUCAGAGUAUGAGAAACCUGAACCUGGGGACCUGGCAGCCUUCCUGGAAGCAGCCCUCAGAACAACACCACCAACCUGCCGACAUGACCCUCCCACACGAAUAUCAAUACGACCUCUACGCUGUGUGUAACCAUCACGGAGGAAUGCAUGGAGGACAUUAUACUGCUUACUGUAGGAACUCAGUGGAUGGCCAGUGGUAUAGUUACGAUGACAGCAGUGUCGACCUGGUGCCAGAGGAGGAAGUAUGUACCAGAGGAGCUUACAUCCUUUUUUACCAGAGACGCAACACCAUUCCUCCGUGGUCGGCCAGUAGCUCCAUCAAAGGCUCCACAAGUUCGUCAGUGUCAGACCACUGGCUAAUCCGGCUGACAGUGGACAGUAAAAGAGGCAGCCUGGUGUCUCGGUCGUCCACCACCUGCCCGUCUUCCUUACCUGACUCCCCAGAGUCUCCGGUCUUCCUUGAAGAUGGUUCUAAAGAGGAAAGGGGGGGUUUUGAGAGCAGGCCAUUUGUCAGGGGUCUUCAGGGGCGUAGCGUGAGCAUGAGAGCCCCCAGCAAAACGAAGGACAGCCUGAGCAAAGUGCUUCCUCUGCGCUGGUCCUUUGGUUCCAAGGACAGACGAAAACCUGACCCGGCGCCUCCACCAGCCCAUGACCCCGCCCCUGUGGAGCUAGUGCAGUACCUGGAAUCUGGCCGGCGGCCCCGGUGCACAAAGGACCCAAUAGUAACACUGAUGAGCGAACCACGCAGCACAAAGGAAGCUGCCCAGGGUCGGGCUGCAGCCAAUGUCCGAUCUUCCAGUGUAGGGAGUAUGAGCUGUGUGGGGAAAGCAGGAGAUGAGCUGCCGCCAGAGUCUCCACAGGUCCCAGAGGGUCAGAGGAGGCCAUCAUAUAAGACAGCCAGCCUGAGACACAGCAAGGGGAGCCAGCCAAGAGAUGAGAGCACCCCGCAUGUUAGCAGUAGCUCUAGCAGUAACACCCUCACCAGGAGGAAAGAUGGCAGGAAACAGAGCUCCUCCAAAGCUUCCCAGGAUACUGAGGUAAAAAGGAGUUUCAGUGCUGGAGUUCAGCCCAGCUACAGUACACCCAGCCUUCAUGAUGGGACUUUGAGAAGACAAAAAGGAGACAGGGCUGAUAGGGAACAUCAUGGUACAUAUGAAGGAAACUCUAAGACCAAGAAAGGAGACGUGCCCAAGGGCCAUGAGGGACUGCUCUCCUUCUUCAAAGGUAACUUCCUAAAGAAGGAUAAGGAUCCAAGGAAGUCCAAGGAAGGUGAGUCAGGGAGAGGAGGAGGUGAGGAAGGAGGCAGGAGAACCCUGUCAAGGUUGUCACUAUCUAAUGGAGCAGCAGGAGGCAGAACUGGGGUGGAAGGAGGUAAGUCUAAUGCCAUCCCAGGCCAUCUGGGUGAUGAGCUGGCAAAUGGGAAGGUGGGACGCACCACGGCUGACAUUAAACGCUCCCAGAGUUCCUCUAACAUCCCUACCAAGGCAGAGCCGAGCAUGCGUAGGACAGCAUCUUUGCACCGUAAUGGCAUGUCUACAGCCCCGGCACCAUCACGCUCCCUGGCAACAGACAAACCAUCUUAUGGUACCCUGCAGAGGACUCGUUACAGCACAACCUCGCUGGGGCGCAAAAGGACAGUCCCCGAGUCAAGCUUCUGACACAGAGAUAUUUAACACAUCCACACGCAGAGCCUUUUACCUGGUACAAAGUGAAUGACGUCCAGUCUCUGAGAUCAAAGCAAUAGAGCUAAAUUCACAGUGAUACGCCUUUUUGUUCCCAGAAAAUGAACUGGCUCAAGUGGUUUGCCCCAUGGAGAGAUGGAGCAAAUGAUGAGUCUUAUAAUGCUGGUAUAUAAAGAGCAGAAUGACAUGAUGUGACCAUUAAACAUCAGAGGGAGUUCGUCUGUUCUGUUUUUUAUCACUUGAAGCAAGUGCCUGAGAAACUAAUAUGCAGUUUAGACCAAUGAUUUUGUUUUUGUUUUGUUUUUUAGCACUGGAAGCACAAAAUCCCUACACACACAUACACACACACACACAAACAUAAUAUCCGCAUUGUUACUGUAAUGUGAGUGUUGGAAUUGAUAAAUCCAUUUUGAACUCUCAUGGUUGUUUGCUUACAAUCAAGACACGCUGAUUGUGUUCAUUUAUAAGAAUGUAAUGUGUCCACUUGAUCAAUGGUGGUGCUUUUAGGCUGCAGUUUCUGAUUUGCCAUCAAUUAUUCAUCUUUAAUCCCUUAUUUAAUGUGUAUUUUAAGUACAGUGGCACCAUGUGACCCACACUGCAGUUUUUCAGGCUAAAACGUCUAACUGUAAUAACUUGCAGGGUAGAAGUGGUAUUCUGUAAAAUCACUGACCUGGAUUGCUUAGUUAUUUGGCUAAGACAAUGAAUAUCUACCAUUUGUGAAGUGUAAUAUUAAUGCAAUAUUCACCCUUAGAGAAUGUUUUAGACCUUUGAUAUAACAUUUGUUAACUAUAUUGAAUGCAUUCCAUAGUUUUUUUUUCUUCCACCAUUUGGUGGUUUAACCACUUUAUUUUUCUUAGUUUACAACUUCCUGUGUUAUCCAGACUUUAUCAUUUGCCAGAAAACAGUUGCAUUUAGCUGUGAAUCAAAUGAAGGUGGUGAACGCAGUUAGCACAGCAAGAAAUUGUUGAGUUUUUUUUUUGUUAAAUGUGUACCGAAAGUGGCAGCCCUUUGAUUGCUCUUUGAUUGUGUGGAAUUUUCAUCUGAACCUGACAUUCACUGUAGAAGAACUGGUAAUACUGCAGUCCAACACUGAUUACAUAUGGCCAGUUAGUAAGACAAAUACUCCACAAAAUACCA